UAAGAAGUGUACAGGUCUUGUUCAGUAGUUACCUUCAUCCUUUCGUUUUUCACUUUGACACAAUGACGGCCCACCCUGACACUUCUCCUGUCGGAGAAAUGAAAUCGCUGCCGUCCUCUAGCGCGGAGGGAGCAGUUGCGAAAGAAGAAGUUGCAGAUGAACAAGCACAGCCCGUAGCUCCGCAGAAGAAACCCACGGUCGCCUGCAUGGACUUCGCGGACUUUGUAGAUUGUUCUCAUGCUGUUGCUGAUCCUGCUACAGCAGACGACAAAGACUCGGCACCAUCAAAUAAGCCGAAAGUUUCCUUCUUCGAGUCUUUUAUCAUGGAAAACACGCCGGUGAAGAUCACAAACCUUCCGAUCGACGAGCAACUACUGAAAGACAAAUUCAACAAAAAGACUUUAAAACACAAGUACGGAGCGGAAAAAAUCCAGGUUGCGCCUAUAACCAGCUCAGGUGUUACUAUCUCAAGCGUUACAAUAGACUAUGGAAAUCUGUGAUGCAAGAGUGCAUGAUCUACCUAACUCUCAUAGGAUUGCGCAUGACAAGUUCUGGAGUCCCAAUCCGCACUACAAUCUGGCGAAAUUUGUAUUGCGGAAAGUGGAAUGCUGUCCGAGUCUGUCAUGUUCAUCAGGCAAGACAAAUCUCAGAUUCUAUUGUAACGUUUGAGAUUGUAACACCUGAGCGGGUUAUAGCUCCGCAGCAAGUGAAAGCCCAUGGUGUUGACAAGUGGCUGGAACGGGUUGAAGACUGGAAGUCUGUAGAUGUAGAGGAAGUGUUGGAGAAACAAGCAGGGUGCAAUUAUAACGCAGAUCAGGAACAAAACCAAAACGAAAACUGCAAAAAACGGAUAAAAGUCCUUGCCGUCGCUGCGAGAAGAACAGAAAUGAGUUUCGCCGAUUUCCUGAACAGCCUUCCGCACUUCUACGCCGACGGGGCUGGCUGUUUGGACCGGUGUUUUGGGUUUCUGAAGGCGAAUGAGCUGGAGGAUGAAGAACUUGUGGUAAGAACUUGUGAUGCAGGAAGACCAAGAAGACCAGCGGGUGCAGCAACAUCUACAUCACCAGCAUCACGACCGCUUUCUCACGUUUUGGAAAAACAGCUCCUGAACAAUGUCCCACUUGACGUGAAAAAUCACGAUAUUUGGCUUGUAUCAAAUGCAAAUAUGUCUGGGUCUGGAAGAAUGCAAGUUUGUCAUGCUUGUCUGGCAUGACUCUCAAAUCUGUGUUGCGUGAGCACGAAGAGGCUCUCUUGCAUGUCAUGCAAAACUCAGUUUGUCAUGCGGAACAUGCAACACCUAGCAGCCCGCAAAACUUGUCAUGCUUGGCUGCGUAUUGCAGUGCGAAUAUCAUUUAAUUUUUAGCAUUACAAGUUUCCAGACCCAGACAUAUUUGCAGUUCAUAGCUUGGACAAGGAACUAAAUCUCGACUCCACUACGAUAACCAGGAGAAUUUCUUUUUACAAUUGAGCGGGCGGAAAAGGAUACGCUUGUUUCCACCGUUGGACGCGGCGAAUUUGGUGGAAGACGAUGUGAUUUUGGUGAAGAAGUUUUAUAAAAUGGUCGAAGCUCCAGAUCAGGCAGCUCCAGAUGAAGCAGGGGAAGCAGUGGUUGCAAAACAUCAGCAUGACAAAAAUUAUCAAUUCCAGCGCGACGACGUGCAUGAUGAGGCGGCAGAUCCGAUAAUCACGACGAACUACGCGACGUUCGACUACGAGGGAGCAGGAACUACUGCAACAGGAGAAACUACAACUACAUCAAUCACAUCGGAGGAAAAAACCAGAAUAGCAAAGCUUCGGCAGUACGAAGACAUCUACCUAAACCCGGGCGAGCUUCUCUACAUUCCCGUGGGCUGGUGGCACGAGAUCGAAGCGGUGGCAUGGAAUCCAGCGUCUACUUGUGAUGCGGAUAGUCGCAUUAACCACGAAGACAACCACAGCAGCACAGCUGACAAGGAGAAACCACUGAAUCUGAGCUACACGACGUUUUUCUACCCGUUUUUCGUUAGAUUGAAGGAUAAGAGCAGCAGGGGAAGAGCAGCGGGGAGUAAGCUAGGGACAAGUAGCGCCCACCUUGCUAGCACCUGGAUCCCAAACCCUCGGUACAAACACUUGCAUUCAGGACAAGCAGAACAGAAACCAAAACACGACGUCGACGAUGAUGACGAAGAAUUGUCGAAAGCCAAACUGCUCCUGCAGAAGAAGGUGAUGAAGAAAGCAAACGAAAUCCUAGACGAGCACUACGUGACGAACAUCGUGAAGCUUGGCUGUUUGAAGUUCCUGGAGAAAAAACUGCACUGCGAAACGGAGUGCGCGAAAAUUCUACGGAAAUGGUUUCUACUCCGGGUGAACAACCAAAUUUGGCGACACGGCUGUGAAAGCCGGGUUUUGUCUUCCGAUAUGCUCCCGGUGGAGAGAAACUUUGAGGUGUGGCCAACAUUUGAUGAGGAGAUUGAUCGUCGACGGCUCGUGGAAGAGCCAAGUUCUCAACAUGCUGAAAUGGAAAACACAACAGCUACCAGCGGAAAUGAAUCUUCUGGACCUGCUGCUGACUCGAUAUCAGAGAUGAAGCUGAAGAAAUUACACCAAGAUUUGCAGGACAUCUACCCGAAAAUCCGGGAAGAGGUGUUGCAGUUAAGAUGUAGCAGUGGUAGAUCUUCCGAUUCAAAAUCCACGACCGGCUGGCAGCCCUACCGAGACCCGAAAGAGAUCAGUGAAGUAGAAACAGCAAGCAGUGCUGCACCAUCCGCAGGAGAACAUCAAGUCGAGCCAGAAACUAAAACCAAACUCCCCGGCAUUACCGCGACUUCUUCCGGACAGUGGAACGUUUUUUACCUUUACCUGAACCACAAAGCCUUUGAGGAGAAUUUAGAAAAACUGCCAGUAACGAAAAAGGCAAUCGAAACCAUUUUUCCGAACCACUACAGCCACGCGUUCGUCUCGGCGUUGGUGCCCGGGACGAAGAUCAUCCCGCACUUCGGCCCCAGCAAUCGGAUGUUGCGCGUUUGGCUACCGCUCGACGGGUGCAAUUUGGAUCCAGAGGUUGAGCCUCAAGCCGAUAGCGCAGCAAGGGAAGUGGAGGAAGGAGACGAGUAUGUGUUGGAGGAAACACGUGCUCUGGGCACGAAGGUGUGGAGGUCGAAGAAUGGUAGGAAAGUUGGAACAUCAACAGUAUCAGCGUCAACUUCUUCCACAACUGCAACUGGUACCACUGCUGGUGAAGAUGGUGCAGUAGAGAACAAAUCUCUAUGCGACAUCGAGGAGAGGGAGAAGCAGCUCUUCCCUAUCGCGUUGCAGGUGGGCAACAAGAUUAUCCAGCCAAGGAAUGGAGAACCUUUCAUCUGGGACCACUCGUAUUACCACUCGGCUUGGAACUUCGGGAGAACGACGAGACUAGUCCUGAUUGUCGACAUCUGGCACCCGGAGCUUUCUGAUGGGGAAAUCCGGUUUUUUUCCGCUUUGCAACAGGCGAAGCUGCGGUACGGCAGGAGGUUACUGCAGGAACUGGAGAGGAGAAGUGAGGAGAAGGGGAGUGAAGAGGUUGAAAACGAGGAUGGUAGUGGGGUUCUUCCCGUGGAUGAGGCAGUUCGCAAGCAGUAUAGAGAAAGCAACUUUAUCUCGUUGGUGGAAGAGACGAAAGGAAUAUUGACUGAUGAUGAUUGGUGGGUGAUUCAGGAGGAACAGGCAAGGGAAAAUGCUGGCUGAAGAUUGUGAAGUUUGGGUUCAAAACUUG